AUGAGAUGCCAAUCCUUCGGCAAGAAAGCUAAUUCAUCAGAUAAAUACCCUCAGGUGGUCUCACCUGACAGCCACCAGUUUUGGUUUAUCAUGGGUAUUGUCAAUUACGAUGGUGGUGUGAAGAAUCCGCAGGAGGCCAUUCCUGUUGCUCAACGGAGAUCCUGCUGCUGCUGCUGCGGCUGCGGUGAUCCUGCCUUCUGA